AUGGCUCUUCCAAAAACACUCGUGACGUCAAUCGUGAGAAAGUGGAGGAAGAUUGCUACAGUGAGAAGAAUGGGAUCGAUUGCUUCUCCUUCUUCUCCUCCAUUCAACGCAUCAUUUUCUUCUUACGAUAGAAGGGGUCAUUUCGUGGUCUACACCAUGGAUAAAAGUCGUUAUACAAUACCAUUGAAGUUUUUGAAAAACGAAGCAGUUUUGGAGAUAUUGAGGAUGUCUAAAGAAGAGUUUGGAUUCUCAAGUAGCAAACCAAUUGUAUUGCCGUUUGACACUUUUGUAAUGGAUCAGGUUAUUUCAUUGAUCUUCUCACAACAAAAUGGCGAUAAAGUUCUUGAGCAAGUACAUAGAAGCGUUAUGGCUACAACCAAGGGUUGCUCAUCAUCGAACCAGAGUUCUUUUAUCCCACACCACUCUUGCCAAAGCUUGUUUGUUCUGCAACAAGGUUGA